AUGAAACUAUCAGGGCUAGACUAUAGUUCACCUAGACGGUUCCCACCAAAGUGUAACAAGGUGAAGAGACUUAUUCAGAAAGGAGUACCUCCAGAGUGGCGUGGGAACUGUUGGCUUUUUUAUCUGGGUGCUUAUGACCUACUGAUGAGAAACGCAGAGGUCUACCCCCAGCUAGUCGAAAGAGUUACUCAAGGAGAUCUCAAGACUAUUGGCAAUGAUGCUGAUCUAAUUGAAAGAGACUUGUAUAGAACCUUUCCUGAUAAUAUUCACUACAAUCCCAAUACUAGAGAUACUGGAUUGAACAACAACAACAACAAUAACCAUCCUGUUGAGCUGGCGUUUGAGAGAAGAGGUGAGGAUACAAACCCGUGUGUAGCCUUGCCGCCAUUGACACAAGAACCACUCUUGAUACAACGUCUACGUCGUUUACUCCUUUGCUUCUCUUUGCAUUCUCCUUCCAUUGGUUACUGCCAGUCCCUUAACUUUAUCGCAGCAUUACUCCUCCUAUUCAUGAAUGAAGAACACGCCUUUUGGAUGUUGAACAUUAUUACUACUAGAAUAGUGCCUAAUGUGCACAACAGAAACUUACUGGGGCUUACAACUGACUUGGAGGUAUUGCUCCUCUGCGUGAAACGGUACUUGCCGGAUGUGUAUCCAUUACUUAGUGGCGGCAACGCCCCCACGGACAGCACUAUAAGUAAUGCCCAUGCUCCUUCUUCCCCGGGGACAGCCACCACAGUUGGCGCUGGCGUUGCCGUUGGUAGUGGUGUACUAGCUGCAACCCCUUGGUUCAUGACCCUUUUCAUCACUUCCCUACCUUUAGAAACAACCUUGCGCAUUUGGGAUUGCCUAUUUUAUAAUGGUAGCAAGACUCUUUUUAGAGUUUCGCUACAGAUUAUAAACAGAGCCUCUAAGGAAAAGGAAUUUCCUUUAAAUUUACACCCAUACGAUAUAGACCCAAAUACAUUACUCAAUCAUUUUAAGGGUGUAUCACAAAGAGAUAUAGACACGUCUCGUAUCUAUGUUGAGAGGAAAAGAAGUCUUUCUACAAGCACCACCAACAAAGCUGGUGGCGCAACUACCAAAGGUGCUCUCGCCAUCUCCCUUUGGAACAAACAUCUCAAAAGAAAACAAAAGGGUAAAGCACAAAACACACAACCCACAACACAUACAUAG